AUGCAUACGUGGCGAAUACCUAAAUUCAAAUUGGGGAAAUCCAAAGAUGAGAGUGAAAACAAUGUAGAUGAAAACAACGACAAAUCGUGGGGUAAUGGUUUAUUUCAUUUCCAUUUGGGGGAAAAGCAUCACGACAGUAGUUCCAUCAGCAACGAUAAUCAACAGGAACACAACAUAAGAAAGACUAGUACAAAUGAAACAUUGCCAAGUACUUUAAAUUCUCCAAAGUUUCGUGAUAAUGCGUCCUUUAAGAACUUAUCGGGAGCAGAAACCGUCAAUUCAGCGGCUCUAGAAAGUAAAUCUUGUCAAUCUACCGUAGAAAAAAAUGCAUCACAUUCGGGAUCUGGGCUGAUGACAGUGAAAAUAUAUUCCGGUAAGGAUUUUGCUCUUCCCUUCCCAAUCACUUCUAAUGCUGCUAUUUUGCAAAAAUUAUUGAGCUCCGGAGUCUUGAGUUCAUCACCUAAUGACGACUCGGAAGUAGCGGCCAUGAUACAGGAAUUGCCUCGAUACGAAACAGUAGAGCAAGGUUCAAUGGGUGAAAGUUUGAUAAAAGGGACUUGUGCUACCAAGUUUAUACCUUCAACUAUAUUGUUACCAGGAUCAGAAAAUCCAAGCCCACUGCUUUAUUUUACGCUUGAGUUUGAUAAUUCCAUUACUACUAUCGGACCUGAUAUGGGCACGAUGGAACACCCUAUAUUUAAUAAAAUUUCCACAUUUGAUAUAACAAGAAAGCUGCAAUUUUUGAAAAUAGACGUCUUUGCCAGAAUACCAUCUUUACUUUUACCAUCCAAAAACUGGCAGCAGGAGAUCAAUGAACAAGACGAAGCGUUAAGUGAUAUUUUGAAGAAGAUAAACACGAACCAGGAUAUUCAUUUGGAUUCCUUCCAUUUGCCGUUGAAUUUAGAAGUUCAUUCUGUACCUCAAGUAAGACUCUAUAACCAUCAUUGGAUUUCGUUGGAGAGGGGUUUUGGUAAAUUGAAUAUAACCGUAGACUACCAGCCUUCCAAAAACAACCCACUUUCUAUUGACGAUUUCGAUCUCUUGAAAGUUAUUGGGAGAGGUUCAUUUGGUAAAGUGAUGCAAGUCAGGAAAAAGGAUACGCAGAAGAUAUAUGCUUUGAAGGCAUUGAGAAAGGCAUACAUUGUAUCGAAAUGUGAAGUAACGCAUACGCUUGCAGAAAGAACAGUCUUGGCAAGAGUAGAGUGCCCCUUUAUUGUUCCUUUGAAGUUUUCGUUCCAAUCUCCAGAGAAACUGUAUCUAGUGCUAGCAUUCAUUAAUGGUGGCGAACUAUUCUACCACUUACAGCACGAAGGACAAUUUAGUCUAGCUCGCUCCCGAUUCUACAUUGCGGAACUUCUGUGUGCCCUAGAUUCAUUACAUAAACUUGACGUUAUUUAUCGUGAUUUGAAGCCGGAAAAUAUCCUACUGGAUUACCAGGGUCAUAUCGCAUUGUGUGACUUCGGACUUUGUAAACUGAAUAUGAAGGAUAAUGACAAAACGGACACUUUCUGUGGUACUCCGGAAUAUUUAGCGCCGGAGAUUUUAUUGGGACAGGGCUAUAACAAAACAGUAGAUUGGUGGACAUUGGGCAUAUUAUUAUACGAGAUGAUGACGGGAUUACCACCAUACUAUGACGAAAACGUUCCCGUAAUGUACAAAAAAAUAUUGCAACAGCCAUUACUUUUCCCUGACGGAUUCGACCCCGUAGCUAAAGAUCUAUUAAUCGGUCUCUUGAGCAGGGAUCCUAACAGAAGAUUAGGCGUCAACGGCACUAGUGAAAUUCGCAAUCACCCUUUCUUCAAAGACAUUUCCUGGAAAAAACUACUGAUGAAGGGCUACAUUCCGCCAUACAAGCCGCACGUCAAGAGCGAAAUAGACACGGCAAAUUUCGACCAAGAAUUUACCAGUGAGAACCCGAUCGACAGUGUAGUGGACGAAUACUUGAGCGCUAGCAUUCAAAAGCAGUUUGGCGGAUGGACGUAUAUAGGUGACGAACAAUUGGGAGACUCGAUUUCACAACGGAAAAGCUUUCGUUAA